AUGGCGAACCUUGAAGACGAAUGGCAAGAAGACGACUCGAUACCGGUGGUUCCGGUAAAUAGGACUCCAAGUUCUAAUUCGCAAUCUUUCCAUCGUAGGUCAUACGAGGCGCCCAGUAGUUAUCCGCGCGAUGAAACGAAUUGGAGACGGAGAGACUACGGCAAUAAUCGUAAUGCUCCUCAAGAUAACAAUAAUAAAAAAGUACUAUCAGUUCCUUCUAACAAAGUUGGGCGCAUUAUUGGAAAGGGAGGAUCGAAAAUUCGCGAACUUACACUUGAAUCUCAAGCACACAUUAAAGUUGGGGAUUCAAGUGGCAUCGAAACAGAUAUUACUCUAAGUGGCUCAGAUCAGGCAAUCACCAACGCUGAGGAAAUGAUAGAAAACCUUAUAAAAGAUCACAAUCCAUACACUAAAAAAGAAAACAAUUAUGGCAGUGCAGAUAGUGGCACUGAGUCUGGGCAAUUUUUUAAAGUUAACAAUGAGGGAGUGCAAGUAGUUGAUUGGGAUAAACUGAAUGCUUAUCAUGACAAAGUACAAAAAGAAAGAUGGAAUAAUUUACCUCCAAUUGUAAAAGAUUUUUAUGAAGAAGACCCUAAAGUACGUAAUAUGUCACAUGCCGAAGUAUCUGACUGGAGACGCACAAACCAUGAUGUGCAAGUGAAAAGAACUUUUAAAGAUAGGCCAGAUUUAAGACCAAUCCCCAACCCUGUGUUAACAUUUGAGCAAGCAUUUAAAAACUAUCCGGAAAUUUUAACUGAAAUAUAUAAACAAGGAUUUAAGCAACCAUCACCAAUACAAAGUCAAGCAUGGCCAAUUCUCUUAAGAGGAGAUGAUUUAAUAGGUAUUGCUCAAACAGGUACGGGGAAAACUCUAGUUUUCUUAUUGCCUGCUUUGAUCCAUAUUGAGGGACAAACCAUCCCAAGAGAGGAGAGAGAAGGGCCGUCUGUACUUAUUUUAGCACCUACACGUGAACUUGCUAUUCAAAUACAUAAAGAAGUAUCUAAGUACCAAUAUAAGGAUAUUAAAUCUGUUUGUAUUUAUGGCGGAGGUGAUCGUAAAGAACAGAUAAAGGUAGUAUCUAAAGGUGUUGAUAUUGUCAUAGCUACUCCUGGUAGAUUAAAUGAUUUAGUUUUAGCUAGACAUUUAAAUAUAAUAAACUUUUCUUAUAUAGUUUUGGAUGAAGCAGAUAGAAUGUUGGAUAUGGGAUUUGAACCUCAAAUACGUAAAUCAUUAUUUGAUGUACGACCAGAUCGCCAAACAGUGAUGACUUCAGCUACAUGGCCACCAGGUGUACGACGCCUAGCUGAAUCAUACAUGAAGGAUCCCAUUCAAGUCAAUGUGGGGUCAUUAGAUCUUGCUGCUGUACAUACAGUCACACAAAAAUUAAUGUUUGUAGAGGAAGAAGAAAAAGAAAGUCACCUUUUGUCUUUUCUAUUCAAUAUGAAUGAUAAUGACAAAGUACUUAUAUUUUGUGGCAAAAAAGCUACAGCAACACAUAUCACUACUGAGUUGUGUUUAAAGGGAAUAGAAUGUCAGUCCCUGCAUGGAGAUAGAGAACAGAGUGACCGAGAAGCAGCUUUAAAUGAAAUGGUUGAUGGUACAGUCAAUAUUUUAGUAGCAACUGAUGUUGCUUCAAGAGGUAUAGACAUACAAGAUUUAACUCAUGUUGUAAACUUUGAUUUUCCACGUCAUAUUGAGGAAUAUGUUCAUAGAGUAGGUAGGACAGGGAGAGCAGGAAAAACAGGAAUAGCUUUAUCAUUCAUUACUAAAAAUGAUUGGGCACAUGCUAGUGAUCUUAUUAAAAUUCUUGAAGAAGCUAAUCAAGAAGUGCCCUGUGAAUUAGAGGGCAUGGCAAAAAGGUUUGAAGCUAUGAAAUUACGAAGAGGAGACAGAGAUAGAGGUGGAGGAAGAGGUAGUAGAGGCAGAAGAUAUUAA